UUCUCUGCAUCUCUGGUAGUUUACCCAAGCCUACAAAUAUCACCUUCUUAUCCAUAAAUAUGAGGAAUAUCCUACAGUGGAGCCCACCAGAGGGCCUACAAGGAACUGAAGUUACUUACACUGUGCAGUAUUUCAUAUAUGGGCAAAAGAAGUGGCUGAAUAAAUCCGAAUGCAGAAAUAUCAGUAGGACCUGCUGUGAUCUCUCUGUGGAAACUUCUGAUUACGAACAUCAAUAUUAUGCCAAAGUUAAGGCCAUUCGGGAAACGAAUUGUUCCAAAUGGGCAGAAACUGGACGAUUCUAUCCAUUCUUAGAAACACAAAUUGGCCCACCGGGAAUCGUUUUGAUGACAGAUGAGAGAUCCAUUUCCAUUGUUCUGACGGCUCUGGAGAAGUGGAAGAGAAAUCCAGAAGACCGUUCUCUUUCCAUGAAACAGAUAUACUCUAAUCUGAAGUAUAAUGUGUCCAUAUAUAAUACUCAAUCUAAUAGAACGUGGUCCCAGUGUGUGACCAACCAGACGCUGGUGCUGGGCUGGCUGGAGCCAGACACUCUGUACUGCGUCCAUGUGGAGUCCUUCGUCCCAGGGCCUCCUCGCCUAGCUCGGCCUUCUGAGAAGCUGUGUGUCUGUACUUUGAAAGACCAAACAUCAGCAGUGAAGGUUAAAAUCAUCUUCUGGUAUGUUUUGCCCAUAUCUGUUACUGUGUUUCUUUUUUCUGUGAUGGGCUACUCCAUGUACAGAUAUAUCCAUGUUGGCAAAGAGAAACACCCAGCAAAUUUGAUUUUGAUUUAUGGAAAUGAAUUUGACAAAAGAUUCUUUGUACCUGCUGAAAAAAUUGUGCUUUAUUUUAUCAUCCUCAAUAUUGUGGAAGAUUCUAACAUUUCUCAUCAGGAUGUAAGUGUAAGGGGAAAAAGCAACGAUGUAUGGGACCUGAAUGAGCCCCUCAUUCAUUUAAGUAUGGCUAUUUAA